ACACUGAACAGUGUCAUUGCCGAAACCACCCUGAGACACGGUCAGAUUAGAGGAAAGCCGGCAGAUGGUGCUUCAGAGAGCAGACGCUGCUAUCGCCGCCUUUCCCAAAGUGGGUUAAGCAGUACAAAUGGCACAGCGCUCUGGAGACAAGUUAUAGUUGUCCUAAAGAUGUGAAAAGUCAGGAGAUAAUUUCUGAGCUCUUCCCCCCACGGCCAUUAGUUUGUUAGCAUCUUUAAUCUAGAAGUCCAGUAGCAAAUGGGUGCUGUUUUUAAAAAGGAAAUAAAUUAGCCCCCGUUCACUCAGCAGUGUUCAAUCAUCUUUUUCUCAGCAGCUGGGAGUCCCUUCUGGAAACAGUGAAAUGCAGCUCCCCUUGACUCAGAUUUAUAGCAGUAAUGUUACCACCAGCACUGUGACUCUUGGAGACAUACAUGUGAUAAUCUUGGCAUAGAUUUCCAUACAGAGAAAAUCUAAACAUGCAGAGUAGCCAGUGUUCCAUCUUUACCAUUAUGCAAAAUAACCAUUGCCAUGCUUCCCAAAUAAGGACUCCACGCAGUUACUUCCCAAAGACAGAGGUCCCUCAUAAGAACACCAGUUCUUAUGUCUGUGCUCACACCAAAUUCUAUAGGAACCUGAUUGCUAUCGAAUCAGUUAUGAAUAGUUAGGACACAUCCAUUACUCUGACAGUUGCAUCACUGACUGUUUUCAUAACCCAGCCCUAAGAUCAGCUCUUAAACCGAUAACUCAGAUUUGUCUGCCACACUUUGAUAACUGAGUACCUCAUGACCACACCCUGCUGAGUAGAUCUUCAUUUUCUAGGAUGGGCAGUAGCAGUGAACAUUUAACCCUCAGGUCCCCAGCGUGCUGUUCUUUGUUUCUGUCUAAAGUUCCUUAGACAUUUUGUUCAUUUAACUCACGAGCUCCCCUGACUGUUUCUUCUCCCAUGGCACUGUUCAGGGCAUGCUUUGCUCCACAUGCAGGUCAGGACCUCUCUGCCAGACAUCUCUACUCGGAGUACAGCAGCUUCCCUGGCGUCCUGCACAGGCUCCCUCCGACCCUCCGGCCACCAGCCUGGACCAUCCCCAGAUGCUCGGGAAGGGGUGGGAUGUGGACAGCACGGCCCGGGGAGUCUCCACCCCCUCGAGUGGAGCUGUAAGUAGGACAGGAGCUGUUCAGAGAAAUCAGAGCAGAGACACAGAAAACACAAAACCAGACUGGUCUGGAAAGGAAAUAAUCAGAAUACAGAAGAGAAAAAGCAAAAAGGAGAAAUAGCACGAGUCUGCUAUGCAUCUGCUCAGCUCAGAAAAGGGAUGCAAAAGCACUUUCUCCAGAAGGCAGGAAAAGGCAGCAAGGAGCUGCAGUCUGUUGCUUGAACUAAAUCAAGAUAACUUGAGAUUUGGAGCUGAUGUAGAAAACACUCAGAAUGGAAGGCAAACUCCCAUGUCUCCUCCUGCUGGUGGGAGCAGUCGUGACUACCCAGUGCCAGGGCUUACUCACACGUUUCAGACGGGGAGCCAGACCCAGAGCCGUUUGCAAGGACAGUUCCUCUGGAGAAGUGUUCCAGCAUGGGUGGACCUGGCUGAGGCUGGCAGGGAGCAGGAUAGAAUACUGUAGGUGUGACAGCGGGCAGAGGCGCUGCCACACGGUGCCUGUCAGAGCCUGCACUAGAAAUAAAUGCUACAAUGGGGGCCAAUGUUCACAGGCAUAUUAUUCCCCACAGCUCUUCAUCUGCCAGUGCCACCAGGGUUUCUCAGGGAAGCAGUGUGAAAUAGAUACUGAAGUUAAAUGCUACAGAGAUGCUGGAGUGACAUACAGGGGUACAUGGAGUGUGACAGAGAGUGGAUCUGAAUGUUUAAAUUGGAAUAGCAAAGACUUGAUGGACUGGACAUACCAUGGCCAAAGAGCAGAUGCAGCUGAGCUGGGAUUAGGCAAUCACAACUACUGCAGAAACCCAGAUGAGGACUCCAAACCUUGGUGCUAUAUCUAUAAAGGGGGAAGGUACACCUGGGAACACUGCAGUGUGCCCUCCUGUUCAAAAGUUUCAAGCACUAGCUGCAGCUCUGGGAGAGGCACAGAUUACCGAGGCAGCCACAGUGUUACCAGUUCUGGAGCUACCUGUCUGAAGUGGAAUUCUGGGAUCCUUUUCAACAAGCGAUUUACUGCUUGGAGAAGAGACGCUUCCCAGCUGGGCCUUGGGAGUCACAAUUUCUGCAGGAAUCCUGACAAUGACAGCAAGCCCUGGUGCCAUGUCCUGAAAGGAAGUCAGCUCACAUGGGAGUACUGCAAUGUGCCUACUUGCUCCAGCUGUGGCGUGCGGCAGCGCCGGGCCCGGCAGUUCCGCGUCCGAGGGGGCUCCUCCGCCGACAUCGCGGCUCACCCCUGGCAGGCUGCCAUCCUCGUCACCUACCGCCGGCUGCCCGGGGAGCACUUCCUCUGCGGGGGCACCCUCAUCAGCUCCUGCUGGGUGCUCUCGGCUGCUCACUGCUUUGAGGAACGCUUUAGUACAAAUCAGCUGAAGAUUGUGCUGGGUAGGACUUCCCGAGCCACUCCCGAGGAAAAUGAACAAAAGUUUCGAGUGAAGAACUACAUUGUCCAUCCGAGAUUUGACUCAGAAAAUUUCAACAAUGAUAUUGCUCUGCUGCAGCUGAGCUCAGAUGCAGGAACCUGUGCUGUUGAGACAGACACUGUGAGAGCUGCCUGCCUCCCCACACCAGGGCUGCAGCUGCCUGACUGGACUGAGUGUGAGAUCUCUGGCUAUGGCAAAGAUGACGAAUUCUCUCCAUUCUACUCGGAGCAGCUGAAGGAGGGCCACGUCCGGCUGUUCCCGGCCAGCCAGUGCACGGCACAGCACCUGGACAACCGCACGGUCACCGACAACAUGUUGUGUGCAGGAGACACCAGGAACCUUGAUGAUGCCUGCAAGGGCGACUCAGGAGGGCCCCUGGUGUGCGCGAAGGAUGAGCGGAUGGUUGUGGUUGGGAUCAUCAGCUGGGGAAUUGGCUGUGGCCGCAGGGACGUGCCUGGUGUUUACACAAAUGUGAAUCGUUACCUGGGCUGGAUUCAGGACACCACGAAACCCUGAGAAAGAAACGUGAACUCUUUGCAGUCUUGUGGCCAUGCCCUCACAACUUCCUUCUGGUGCCUUGAGGACUUCAAGGGCUUCCUGUUUGUCCACAGGCUCGUGACUUUCAGUACAACGGGAAGACAAACUGCAGUGUGUGAGAAGGGCACGUUCCCAAAUUACCCUCCUGUCCUUAUUACAGGUUAUCAGAAACUCAUCCUCCUUUCCCCCCAACAUCCCCAAGCUUUCCACUCGCAUCAAAUCACAUGAGUACAAUUUAAAAUUAGUUUUGGGCCAAAAGAAUAAGCCAAGAGAGAACAUCAUGCAUCCCUGAAGCAGAUAUGUUGUUUUGGAAAUGGGUGUAAACUGAAGGCAAAGAGGACAGAUCUAAUUUCCUGAAAACUUCAUUUCCCUCCUUACUUGGCUGUAAAUUUGGAAGACAUUCCAGUCAGACUUAAGCUCUGUCCUUAUAACAUUUGACUUGGGUAAUUUAAGCUGGUUUCAGCUUGACUCCAAUAGAAAGAACAAAGCUGUAGGCAUGAGCUGCUUAUUUCCAGAUCAGUAUACUACUUGCUUUUU